UUCCGGCCAAGAUGGCGGCGGCGCCGGGCCGUUGAGCGGGCCCCCGCGGGCGGGAGGCAUCAGACGGAGGUGGGCGGGCGUCGAGCUCCUCAGCGCCGCGGCCGUUUGAGGCGGGGGAUGCCGACGGGACGGGACUCGCCGCCGCGGCUCUGAGCGCCUCGUCCCUCCGGCCGCGGCCAGUCUCCCGGCGGGGUCCCCCCCCUCCCCGCCCGCGGGGCCGCCGCCGGCGAUGACCGGCGAGAAGCUGCGCUCGCUGCGCAGGGACCACAAACCCAGCAAGGAGGACGGGGACCUGCUGGGGCACGGCGAGGAGGAGGCGGCCGCCGCGCCCGGAGCCGUCUUCACCGGGGGGCGCGGGAGCGGCGGCAAAGGCGGCCGGGCCGGGGGGCACCGCAUCUUCAGCAACCACCACCACCACCAGCAGCGGCUGCCGCUGAAGGGCGGCCCGGCGGGCGGCGGGACGGGCCCGGCCGCGGAGCCCGAGCGGAGCCCCGCGCACUUCCCCGUGCACGAGUGCGUCUUCAAGGGGGACGUGAGGCGGCUGUCGGCGCUCAUCCGCACGCAGGGCAUCGGCCAGAAGGACAGCCACGGAAACACUCCUUUGCAUCUUGCUGUGAUGUUGGGACAUAAAGAAUGUGCCCACUUGCUUUUAGCCCACAAUGCUCCAGUAAAGGUGAAAAAUGCUCAGGGAUGGAGCCCUCUUGCAGAAGCCAUCAGCUAUGGAGACAGGCAAAUGAUUACAGCACUCCUAAGGAAGCUUAAACAGCAGUCCAGGGAAAGUGUUGAAGAAAAGCGACCUCGAUUAUUAAAAGCCCUGAAAGAGCUAGGUGACUUCUAUCUAGAGCUUCACUGGGAUUUUCAAAGUUGGGUGCCUUUACUUUCCCGAAUUCUGCCUUCUGAUGCGUGUAAAAUACACAAACAAGGUAUAAAUAUCAGGCUGGACACAACUCUGAUAGAUUUUACUGACAUGAAGUGCCAACGAGGGGAUUUAAGCUUCAUUUUUAAUGGUGAUGCAGCACCCUCUGAAUCUUUUGUAGUUUUAGACAAUGAACAAAAAGUUUACCAGCGAAUACAUCAUGAGGAAUCUGAGAUGGAAACAGAGGAAGAGGUUGACAUUUUGAUGAGCAGUGAUAUUUACUCAGCAACGUUAUCAACCAAAUCAAUCACCUUCACACGUGCCCAAACGGGAUGGCUUUUUCGAGAAGACAAAACAGAAAGAGUAGGAAACUUUUUGGCUGAUUUCUACCUGGUUAAUGGACUUGUAUUAGAAUCAAGAAAAAGAAGAGAACAUCUCAGUGAAGAGGAUAUUCUUCGAAAUAAAGCUAUCAUGGAGAGCCUGAGUAAAGGUGGCAACUUGAUGGAACAAAACUUUGAGCCUGUCAGACGACAAUCCCUUACUCCACCAUCACCCAAUACCAUUACAUGGGAAGAGUACAUAUCUGCUGAAAAUGGAAAAGCUCCUCAUCUGGGUAGAGAACUGGUCUGCAAAGAAAGCAAGAAAACCUUUAAAGCAACAAUAGCGAUGAGCCAGGAAUUUCCCUUAGGAAUCGAAUCAUUAUUGAAUGUUUUAGAAGUAAUUGCACCCUUCAAGCACUUUAACAAACUUAGAGAAUUUGUUCAAAUGAAGCUUCCACCAGGCUUUCCUGUAAAAUUAGAUAUUCCUGUGUUUCCCACCAUCACAGCCACUGUGACUUUUCAGGAGUUCCGUUACGAUGAAUUUGAUGAAUCCAUCUUCACUAUUCCUGAUGACUACAAGGAGGACCCCAGCCGUUUUCCUGAUCUCUAAUUAAACUGGAAGGUUAAUGGUGAUUAACAAAAUAACAAUACCAGCGUACCACAGUGAAAGCAAAUGGAUGCAAAUAGCCCACAGAUAUAGAUAAAGAAGUGGGUGAUAAGGGAAAGGGAUGAACUUAAUAAUCCAGAAGAAAAGGGAACGUGCAUCAAAUGACUGAUCUACUGACACUGUAAUGGGCAUCUAACCUAGUUCCUGAUGGACAGCAAGUCUCCUGAUGUGUCCUUCACACUUUUAUACAUGCAGUGCUGCAGGCGUGGUAGUCUGACACCUCAGUGGCCCUGAGGAUACUUAACAGCUGUGAGGACUAUCAUUCGUUUUUAAAUUUUUUUACAUUUCUUGUUGAUACAGAAAGCACUCUUGGACCAUUAGCAUAAAGGUUGAAAUGUCUUAGCUGCAUAUUAGUCCUUUCCAACAUCCCACCCUAAUUAAAGAUGACCAUAUUAUAUUCUUUCAAGCUUUGUUUUCAAGAAGUGUAAACUAUGUAUCAUUCUGUAUAGUUCAGUACUUUGAAUGUUAGUUGAGCGUAAAUUAGGAGGAAUGCGUUUUCUGUAGCUGAAUGAACCAAAUGGUAACCAUUAAACGAUUGCAUUUUCAUACUGCAAUAUACUUCAGAAAUAGCAUUUGCUCUGCAGGGAACGAGGUACCUCCUGUAGCCCCUCAGUGCAGCCCAUUCUGGUGCUAUCCGUGUCUCUCCGAAGCAUUAAUUUUGUCAUGUUGGUUAAUUUUCCUUCCGUUGGCUCUGCACAGAAGUUCCCUUUAACUGGCUUGGCAGUCCUCCCCGUGUCCAUGAUGCUGUGUUGAUUAGCAUGCUUGGAAGUUCACGAGCUAGAAAGUAUCACCUUGUUUUUUCUCCUUCUUUCCCACUCACCGAGGAGACUUGCUCCAUAACGGGCGAACAUCUGCAGCCACUGGAAAGCACGGAUGUGUAUGAAGAGCUCUUAGAGCAAUAGCUCAAGCAUCAAGUCUUUGUGUGAGAAAAGGCUUUCCUGGGAGUUAGUUGAAUUGUGGUGCACAUUGAGUAGGGCUCAAUGGAGGAUUUUGUUGGCAAAUGCUUAAAAUGUUUCUAAAUUAAUUUCUUCCUCUUAGUGGCUUUAAUAGAUGGGAGUUCCAGUGCUCUGCCUUCUUGAGCUUAUUCUCAUUCCAAGUGGUUCCAGUCUCCUAAUUUGACAGUAAUCCAGCUUUUGGUUUGUUAGAAAGAAUCUGUGCAAAAGGCUAAUGGUGCUAUUUGUUUGUAUUAAGAGAUUUAGAUUAAAGUGCUGUGGUGUAAUUGUACAAAAAUGUAAAUAUUUUGAAAAUUAUAUUCUUUGUGCACUGUAGUUAAAACUUUUUCUGGAAGUCAAUAGAGGUAAGUAUGAAAAUUUAUUACAUAAAGUCCCAUGGCUGCUUAGUAAAGGUACCAACCUGACUCACCGUGCAGGUGAUAAAUGAGUUCUCUCAUCACAAGGCAAUAAGAGCUGACUUGUCAGGGCUGUGGAGGUGCGUCUGGAGGAGACGUUCAGAGCUGCUGGCAUCUGUCUGUCCAAACACAACGGCUGCUCCAGAGAGGUGCAGAGUCUGCCCUGUAAUGGAGUCUGGGUGAAGCACUGUCAGCAGCACAUGGGACAUCUGGAAAUAGGGAAUGGAGGCUGAUCCUCAUCCAGCAUCCUGUAAGCCUUCAGGUCUGACAGGUGGGUGGUGCUUACGGACUGACGGAGGCACUGCAGUGGUUCAGUAUCCAAGGGAAAAGAGGGAAAAAGGGAAAUGGAUGAUUGUCGUUAUUCAGUACUGUAUUUGUAGUAGAUGUUGAACAUUCAGUAGGAAUGAUAAGACUUGUUCUGCCAAGUCAUGAUGAAUUCCUUGCAGUGUUUUACAUCUGUGCUACAAACCAACAGCACCUCAGCUGAGAUCCACCCUGCUGAGCCGGGCUGAACGUAUGGAGGGGCCGAUUCCACAGCCUGUGUGGGAGGGAGGGAUGUGUGUCAGCGGGGCCACACUAUGCUGUGCCCUCCAGGUACCCAAUGCCAAGCAGGUUGUGGGGGAGGUGCUGCUGGUCAGGUUUGGGGCAGGUGUGGAGCUGGGGUGGCUGUGGGCGCUGCACAGCAGCGUCAGUUGCUAAGAAAUUUCAGCAGAUGCAGAAAAAUGUUACUACAUAAAAAGUGAAUGUCAAAAUCUUCUUUUAUUUUUUUUUUUCUGCAGUAUCACAGGGCAGGAACUGUGUAUUCUGUGUUAGUUUGUGUCUCCAGUUAUUCCAGAGUACUGCAGAGCUUGCUGGCAUAGGAAGGGGCCCUCAUACCCAGGGUUGGUGUUUGAGGUGAUGUAGCAGCUGCAGCGGAUUCAAGAUGUGAACAAAGAAACAAACACUUUCAGAGUAGCCUUGUGUGGGAAGGCAGGUCCUGGACAUCUCUGUGCAUAGAGGAGGCAGUGCUGACUUCUCGUGGUGAGCUUUGGGCAGUGUCAGUGCUUUCCUGAGCCCUGGCUGCAGAUCUGCUAGUUCUGGUUUCUUAACUUGUGUGAUUAUACAAUAUCUUAAGGUUUGCAGAAGCUGUUUGUAGUGGUGGCUGUGUUAGGGUUUGCCCUGAUGUGGGUUGGACACCGAUUUUGUUGAGGGAAGUCCCUCUGUGUCACUGCAGUGAAUGCACCUGGCUGCUUUUGUUAGCCUGAAGCUGAAGGAGCUGACUCCGUCCGCUUCUCUUUUCCACCUCAGUGACUGCCUUUAGGUUCCUGCGUCAUCCUCGUUAAGUAAGAACUGCUGAACUGUUUCUCGGUGCGUUUCCUUCCAACGUUUGGUGAUGUUUUCUACCCAAGACAUUCCUCUCCGUGAGUUGCAGGGCACAGCUGAGGCUUAUGGAUGCUGCUCCAUCCCAGCACUGAGGCACAGCCCCGUGCUGCGCGUGCAGCAGUGCUGGGGCACUUCUCCACCAGGGGCUGCACCCACACUGAUGCCAACGUUUUAUCUAAGCUGGUGUUUUGCUCGGGAGGGCUCUGGGUGCUGACACAGUGAGCAGCACUGCAGAGCUCUGCACAGCUGGGCCGGCGCUGCUGGGGGUGAAACGGUUCUGGUCUGCACAGAGCCUCAGUCCACAGCUGUGCUGUGGGCGACUGCUUCUCAUCUCCUGUUUGGAAUUCUGGAAAAUUACCUUUUAUAGCAGGAUUGAUUUAGCAGAGCUUCAUUUGUUUCCCUUCACCUUAAGGCCCUGUUGGGCAUUAAGGAAGGUGUGGUCCCCUUUAGGAUGAAUACAUAUCCCAGGCGGUCUGCUGCUCUCACAGCACAGAGCCCGGCACCCCCAGCACUGCUGCACCGAGGUCCUCAGCAGGGCAGUGCUGAGCCCGUGCUGCUGAGUGCUGAGCAGAGGGGAAGGCUCUGCACACCCUGCUGUGGGCUCCACCUCGCCCUGCUUCUCUCUGAUCUCAACGCUGCUUUUUUAUGAUGGCUGUGAGAUGUUUUUAUGAAAAUCUUCAAAGACAGCCACUGAUUUUGGUAAACUGAAACAAGAAAUUGUUGCAAACGAAUUCUAGGGGUUGUUUCUUAACCAAACCGUUCUGCUGGUCUUCCAAAACAUUGCUUUACUUUGUGGCAAAGGGAAUGUGGCGUUUUCUUUUUCCUUUGGAGGAGCUGCUGUUCAGAUCACUGUACUCACUUUACUGCAGUUCUUGGUUUAUGUAUUGAAAUGAUUUGUUACAAAACCCUCUGGAUGUAUUUGUGCUGGAAACCCACGUGGUUGAUAUUCAGAGCAACUGUCCAUUUUUUUUUACACGUGUUUGUUCUUGGUUUGUAAUUCAUGCGAGGAUAACUGCGUUAUUUAAUCUGUAUUAACAAAUUUCCUGUAAUGCUGCAGUUUCACAUUUAUUUUCCUUACAAUUUGUAAUUACCAUGGAAACAAUGUCACUCUUUUUGCUUUUUACUAGCUGUCUGGUCCAUGUUUUUAACUUACCUUCACUAAUAGUACUUUUUUGUUGUAUCAUUUGUUAGAAUAAAGACCAAAACAUGCUGUUUGA